CGCCCCUCGCUAGCGACCGGCGGUUGAUCGCAAUUGCCUGAGCUCUCCGCGUUCUUCUAGCGCUGCCUUUUUGGUCUCCACGUGGACAGGCCAGUGAUGGCGGCGCUGGCGGAGUGCGUGGCGGCGGAGCCGGGCAGCCGAAACGGCACUGGUAGAGGUGGGUGCUACUACGCUGCGGCCUCCGGACCUCGCAUCGCGAGUUAGGGCCCCCAAGUCAGGAACAGAACCAUCUCCCGCUAAUGGCGGCGGCCUUUCUCCGCCAGACCCGGAAGGCCCCGCUGUCGCUUGCCCCGGCGGCUUUCGCUGGAGCACAGAGGGACGGGUCUUCCUUUUGCAGCCUUAGGGCGCGAUCGGGAGCAGCGCUUCGUAGGAACUUGUAGUCCUCAAACCGGAAACGCUGCCCGCUCUGCCUUGGCUGGCACAGGGUGACUCACGGAUAAGGCGGACCCGAUGGGGAAGGAAAGAGCCGGGCGCGUUGCAGCGGUCAUCCCACAAGUGGGCCCACAGGGAAUGCCUUCAGGAAAGAGGCACAUGGCUUCAUUCACCAGGCACUUACUGAGCGCUCACUAACUGCCAGGCCCUUGCUGGAUGCAGGGGACAACACGACAGCCUUGCCCUCACGGGUCUCCGUCUACCGGAGACUACUGAUGUAAACAGAAGGUCACAGACACGUGAUAAAGGAGGAGGCGCCUGACUAGUCCUGGGGACAAACUGAGCUAAGACCAGCAGCUCCCACACCCCAACGACCACAAGGGACUUGCCUUGUCAGAGGAGCUUCUGUGAGGGGCCCAGGGUUCUGGGCUGGUUGUUCCAAGGCCUUUGAAACAACUGAACAAAAACGAUGGCAGUGGUAACGUUCAAAUAUGGUCUCCGGAUCCCAGCCUGCCAAUGCUAAUUCUCCACUGCACCAUCAUCACUACCAUCAUCCACCCACAGGCAGAGGGUGAAGGGUCAAAUCUGAGAGGAUCCCUCCCAUAGUAGUUAAGGGCCCUAGCAGAAGUUCUGGCACAAAGUACAGGUUCAAUAAAUAUUUGUUCAAUAAAUUAAUUUAUUUACUUAUCGCAUUCCCAAACUAUCUUGUUCCUAAAAAGAUAAUAGGGGUUGAGCUAAACUGAAUUGUGGAGAAUAGGGUGCAAAUUAAGGGCUGCAGUUUUGCUAAUGGGCUACAGUGUUUUCUCCUUUAAUCAGACUGUAAUUUGUAUACCUGCAUUUGCCACCGCCAGACUACUAGCCACUAAAGGGCGAGGUCACUUCUGUUUCCUAACCUGUUUGCCCACAGUUCUAACUUGAGUGUGUUCUUUCAUUUUUCCCGGAGUGGAACAAUGGGACUAAGGAACCUGUUAAAUCAGUUAAAUGUUUGGUGUUUAUUUCCCUUUUAAAAAUGAGGAGAGGGAAGAGUGUAGGGAUUCAUCAGUGUAGACAGAGUCAGUGGGACUUGAGUAAAGAGGGUAAAAGUCUUUAGUACUUAUAACAGUUUGCUUAUAGAUCUCAUAUCUAGGACCUCAGAACUUCAAGGUGUUCUCAGGGACGGGGGAACAUUUUCCUAGACCGCUAGGCUUUUGGGUUUUCCUCAGAGUUGUUCUUUAUCAAGGAGCAGUUGUUUGGACUUUUUCCCGUUUGCCCCUCAGUUCAGUCUCCUGGUAUCACCUCCGUUCUUCCAAAGGUCGAGCCCCUAGGGGCCGCCUGGCCAAUCAGCUCCCCCCUGAGAUCCUGAACAACCCCCAGCUGCAGGCAGCCAUUCAAGUCCUGCCUUCCAACUAUAACUUUGAAAUUCCCAAGACCAUCUGGAGGAUUCAGCAGGCCGGGGCCAAGAAGGUGGCCUUGCAAAUGCCUGAGGGCCUUCUCCUCUUCGCCUGCACCAUUGUGGAUAUCCUGGAAAGGUUCACAGAGGCUGAAGUGAUGGUGAUGGGCGAUGUGACGUAUGGGGCUUGCUGUGUGGAUGACUUUACUGCAAGGGCCCUGGGAGCUGACUUCCUGGUGCACUAUGGCCACAGCUGCCUGGUUCCCAUGGACACCUCGGCCCAAGACUUCCGGGUACUGUACGUCUUUGUGGACAUCCGAAUAGAUACUACCCACCUCCUGGAUUCUAUCCGCCUCACCUUUCCCCCUGCCACUUCCCUUGCCCUGGUCAGCACCAUUCAGUUUGUGUCAACCUUGCAGGCAGCUGCGAAGGAGCUGAAAGCUGAGUACCGUGUGAGUGUCCCACAGUGCAAGCCCCUGUCCCCUGGGGAGAUUCUGGGCUGCACAGCUCCCCAUCUGCCCAAAGAGGUGGAGGCUGUUGUAUAUCUCGGAGAUGGCCGUUUCCAUCUGGAGUCUGUCAUGAUUGCCAACCCUAGUGUUCCCGCUUACCGAUAUGACCCAUAUAGCAAAGUCCUAUCCAGAGAGCACUAUGACCAUCAGCGCAUGCAGACCAACCGCCAAGAAGCCAUAGCUACAGCCCGCUCAGCUAAAUCCUGGGGCCUUAUUCUGGGCACUUUGGGCCGCCAGGGCAGCCCCAAAAUUCUGGAGCACCUGGAAUCUCGACUCCAAGCCUUGGGACUUCCCUUCAUGAGGCUGCUGCUUUCUGAGAUCUUCCCUAGCAAGCUUAGCCUACUUCCUGAAGUGGAUGUGUGGGUGCAGGUAGCAUGUCCACGCCUUUCCAUUGACUGGGGCACAGCCUUCCCCAAGCCACUGCUGACACCCUAUGAGGCAGUGGUGGCCCUGAGGGACAUAUCCUGGCAGCAGCCCUACCCUAUGGACUUCUACGCCGGCAGCUCCUUGGGGCCGUGGACAGCGAACCACGGACGGAACCGGCCCCCCCAGGCCCUGAGCCCGCCAGCGCUGGAGAAGGAGGAGGCCACGCACCCCUCUCCAGCCGCGGCUUGCGACGGUCGCAGCUGCAGAGACGACAAGGGAGCACCGCCCGCUCGGUGAGACGCUCCUCGGUCUCAGGUAUCCGCCCCUGCUCCGGCCGCGCCUGACCCCU